CAACCGGCAAGAAGGGUUGCUGGUGAGCCCAAGAUGGCCACAGCAGCCGAGCGGCCCCCGUCCUUUGGCGAAGAGGUGCCCCGGCAUUCCCGGCUCUGGUUGCCGCCCGUGCCUCGGCGCCGGUCCGAAGCCAACGGUGUGGCAUCGCCCUCAGCGAUGAGAACCAGCCUGCAGAAGUUGUCUGAGGGGAGGAAAGCACGGCGCCUCACCUUCUUCCGCAAUGGGGACCGCUUCGACAAGGGCCUGGUGUAUGCGCUCUCACUGGAGAAAGUACGCACAUUUGAAGCCCUUCUGGAAGAUCUCACACGCAUAAUGGUGGACUUGCCCAUGGGCGUCCGGUUCAUAUUUUCGGAAGAUGGCCGAGAGAAGGUGUCCCAGCUUGAACACUUGUGCGAGGGCUGCGUCUAUGUGUGCUCCUCAACGGACCACUUUGUAAGACUUCCAUAUGGGCGUCAGGAGCCGCCUCGUCCUCACUGGACCCUUGGUCGCAGUACCCGAGGCAUUCCUGGGACUCCAUCCUCCUCACCUACCACGCAUCACAACACCUUGCCCGCUCACCAUGGCUUUGUUCGGCCCAAGCUCAUUACAGUUAUUCGCAAUGGUGUACGUCCAAGAAAAGCAGUAAGAGUGCUGCUGAAUCACAAAACAGCCCGGUCAUUUGAGCAGGUGCUUGACGAUGUUACGAAAGUGAUCAAGCUUGACUCCGGUGCCGUGCGCAAAGUUUUCACUCUUACAGGAAAACCGGUGACCACUUUGGCUGACUUCUUUGGUCCAGAUGACAUUUUCAUAGCGUAUGGCCUUGAGAAAUAUUCGCACGACGACUUUGAUCUAGACUCCGAAGAGUGUAAGCAUCUCAAUGGUGCUAUGCGAAUGCGCCGGGAACAGCGUUUUUCAUGUGGCCGACCCAUGUCCCCCAUUUCAGAUGUGUCUUCAAACCUGAGUUUCCAGAGUUCUCACUCUAUUUCGCCCAAGGCAUCCAAAAAGCUCCAUUUUACGAAUCAUGUGGCUCUACCGGAGACAGUUGGACGGCUGUACUCGGUGCGGGAAAUGCUGGGCGACGGUAACUUUGCCACAGUCUACCAGUGUGUCUCCAGGGAGACGGGUGUUGAGUAUGCACUAAAAAUCAUCGACAAGGACAAAUGCAGAGGCAAGGAGCAGAUGAUUGCUAACGAAGUGGCCAUUUUGCGGAGGGUUCAGCAUCCAAAUGUCGUUCGGUUAGUCGAGGAGUUCAACUUUGACACUGAACUCUACCUGGUCAUGGAACUGGUCAAGGGGGGUGACCUGUUUGAUGCCAUAGCGGCAGCGACCAAGUUUCCCGAGUAUGAGGCAAGUCGCCUGGUUAGUCACCUGGCCAGUGCCCUUGCCCACCUGCACUCGUUGCAUGUCGUCCAUCGAGACAUCAAACCUGAGAACCUGCUUGUGGGUGUCCGGGGUGCGCUCAAACUGGCCGACUUCGGCCUUGCGACCGAACUUCCCCGGGAUGGCUCCCUGCUGUCUACAGUGUGUGGCACGCCGACAUACGUGGCCCCUGAGAUACUCGCCGAAACAGGUUAUGCUUUGGAGGUUGAUGUGUGGGCCAUGGGUGUCAUCACCUACAUAUUACUAUGUGGAUUCCCACCGUUUGUCAGUCAAACAAACAACCAAGAUGAACUGUUCGACCAGAUUCUGAGUGGGCGGUUCGAGUUUAUGGCUCCAUACUGGGAUGGCAUAUCUGCAUUAGCUCAGGAUUUGAUUCGAGGCAUGCUUCAGGUGGACGUGACGCAGCGCUUGACAGCAGUGCAAGUGCUUGCGCAUCCUUGGCUGCAGCAGCAGGGAGGUGGGGCAAGCAGGCAAUCUGACGCAUGGCAGGUGGGCCUUCACUUUGAAGAGCGGCCACGAUCCUGUCUAGAUGCUGCUGGCACGCUGCCAUCAGCCAUGUCCUGACGUCAGUCCCAGUCAGCGCGAAGAAAGCUGCGUGCUGCGGAUGCACAGCAUUUGACAUCUCCGUAGUGCCAUCGGGAAAAAGGAAAAAAAAGAGAGAGUAGCUUCGUCGCCGGAACAAAGCUUUGUGACUUUCAACUGCACCAGUGCAUACUGUACGUACCUCUACCUUGGAGCAGAGAGGCACUUCAAGGGAGGCUCUCCAGACAUCAUUUAUCAUCUGAAACCAAAGUCUCAAGCGCAUGCGUGCAGUGUGGGUGGCAUUAUCGCUCCUUUUUCCGCGCCUGAUCCUGUGAAAGAUCCUGCCUUGGUCACGCUGUUGCUCAUGGUGCCACUAGUGCAGCACAAAGUGGCUGCGACGUAACAAGAAGGUACGGUGAUUUGAUGUGAUGUAACAUAGUACGUGCAGUCAGUGUUGGAAGUUUUACGGCCGGUGGUGUCUGAGAUAAUAUCAGAUUUUCAAGUAGCUAGCGAGCGGUUUUAGCCAGUAAAUUUGGUACCGAUGCAUGUUUUUUGCGUGCACUAGUGCAAGUUUUCUUCAGCCAAACACUAGGCUGUAGAAGUGUUCUGGUUUUACUCGGAUCCAAUGGUCUGUAAGCUUCUCAUGCCAUUUGCACAAACCUACAAACCCACUGCAAAAGCUUUUUGAAGCACGAUAGUCAAAGUUUGUGAUGACUUUGCUAUUUAGGUUCAAAUUCAAGGAACAUUGUGGCUCAAUGACGUAGAAUCCAUGAUUCUUAUUUGGAUAUGCCAGCUUCAGCAAAAUAGAAUUUUUCUUUGAAAGCUUUUGCAGUUGGGUAUAACAAUACAUUGUUAUAUGAAUCGGUGUGGCACACAAGCUGCUGCAGCGUGGUCCCGGUACGUUUUUGCGGAGAUUAUGAGUGGGUGAAUGCUUUCAUUUUUUUUAGCUGAAAUGUGCAAUCGCUUUUAUUUUGCAAAACUAGUUUCGCUGGGCUGUACUGGCUUCCCUCGGUUUGUGAUGAGAGCUGACCAUUACGCGAUGUGCCCCGUAGCGUCGACAUAGGACGAAACGUGCAAGUUUCCGAGCAGCACUCUUUUUUUAACUAGUCAAGACUUCCCGAGUGUGCCGGAACAUGGCCAUUGUCGCUUUGCUCUAUGUGUUUUUUACUUGGCAAGCCAUGCUGACAAAGUUAGGCUGUUUUACGUGUGGAAUAUAUUCACAAUGUCAGUUCAAGGUGCCAUAUUGCACAGUUUUGUUCGAAAUAAGACCUCCAGUAAUAUAAUGUUCCUUCUAUUACCUUUUAACUUGAUUACCUUUUGAUUACCUUUAACUGAUUACUUUUAACUGAUUACCUAAGAUUACCUUUUAACUCUGCACCAAUAUUUUUUGUAUAAGGCAGUACCUUUGCAUUUCAUAGCAGUUGCAUGCUGUAUAAUGUCUAUUUUGCCGCCCUGUCAAGUAACACUCACUGCUUUGAAAUGCAGAAACAUAUUUCAAAGGGUGGACUAACUUUGACAGCGUGGCCUGACAUGUAUUGAAUGGGGAAACAACUGCAUGGUGCUGUUUCUGUCUUUUUCAUUAUUAUUGUUACUGUGAAUUAUGCUACUACUUUUACUAUUACCUUUAAUCAUUGAUGCAUGUCUUGUGUUGGGCUGCACCCGUGUUUCUAGCAGCCACUUUUAUUUACGAUAUUUUUUACUUUAUGUGAUCCAAUUUAGUGUGUGGCACGUUUUAUAUUGCCAGUGUCCUGCACUUCAGUGAAAGCUUUAAGGCACGCCGGAUGAACACUAACAAGGGUAACAAGAAUAAGCUGCCCACCUCGCAAAACCAAUGGCUGGUUCUAAUGCCCACCGAUAAUCUUCGAUGAUCGUUCCAGUCAAACCCUCUUGUAGGAAAGCAAUUGUACACUAUUCAACAGAUGAGAGGUGUAGGUAAUUGUCAUACUUGAUGUACUGGUGCGAGCCUUAGUUUUUCGUUGAACUGCCUGGAACUGGCAUGACGGAGUUGCUGUUUACUGAGCGAGAGACACUUCUGAAGAUUGUGAGUGGUUUGUUUUUGUGUCAUAACGUUUAUUUCCUCUUGUUCUAAACUUUUCUUAAUGCUUGUUAUGCAUAUCCAAAUGUUUUACCAUGUGUUUGUAUUGGAUAGAGUAGGAAUGACAACAAGCUUGUUGGUUCAAAUUCAGGUGAACUGCGCAGCAGUAAGAGAACAGUGGAUGCAGUGCUGACAAUAUGUGUACAAGUGAUUGUGUCAGAGUUGCUGUGAUUUGUGUUGAACAAAUUUCUCUGUGCACUAUACGUGUACAUGUGCAUAUAUUUUGCUCAGUAAUUCCCUGCGCUACAACUAGGUUCUUUUGUUUUCCUGCCUGUUCACUGCGUUUAGUUUUCAGACUAUGCACUUCACUAUAAAUCCACAGCUUCUAUUAGGCUGCCUUUCUUGAUGCCCAAGUGACUAUGCACGAUAAUUACAUUUGAGACAUGACAUACACCAUUUUCUUUUAACUAAUGAAUGACGUUUUUAAUUAACAUUUUUAACAUUAAUAUUCUUUGUGAUCAUGGUUUGAAAGUACUUGCUGGUCGACAGAAUGAAGUUUACUACAGCUAACAAAAGAGAGCAUAAAAUGUAGCAACCUUAUUACACACCUCUAGUUUAUGUGGCACCCUACAUGUUAUGGGGAAUCACUGCUGAGCAAGCCAUUUUGACAUUUCUGAAAAUAGGCAAAACUUUUCAAUUGUAAAGCAUUGUGACUCUAUGCAUUUUACUUGGUACUACAUAGCUAGCUAGAAGCAAAACAGAACAUGCAGUUUCACUUGAGAAUAACAGCUAAAGCGAUAUUGCAGGUAGUAUGAUUCUCAUUGCUUCAGAGGGUACUGAAUGCAGUCGAUGUUUGUAUUGGGGCACACAGAUAAUUCCAGCAUUAGUGCCAUUCAGAAGCACGGGUAGCAACCUGCCUGUCAGAUAGCGCUGUACUCUCUUCAACAUGUUGAGGCUGGCUUGUUGACACGGUCGAUUGGCCGCCUCCAGUUGUCUCGUGUAUGUAGAGGUACCGUAAAAACCCGCGUAUAGUUCGGACCCGCGUAUAGUUUGAGGUGUAACUCUGGGAUAGCAAACGCGAGAAAAAACAUUUUCACGUGAAUAUUUUUCGAGGAAAACAGAAAAAAUGCAUUUAUUUGCCUGCAGCAGCUCGAUGUGCACAGCGAGUUGUGCAGCUCGUUGCUCCCGAACAAAGUCCGUCAGUUCUCGUUCCACGUCUGGAAAUGCUCCAUUUUUCGGUCCCCGGAAACUUUUUCUCUUGCCGCAGCAUGCAAAAAGGGCUUCCUUCUGCUUCCGCCAACCCCGAAUGCUCCGCUCAUUCACGCCGAACUGCCACUCCACGGCACAGUUGCCGAUGGUUUCGGCAGCAGAAAUAACUUUCUUCUUAAAGGCAGCCGAGUACUGCCUGCGGGGUCCCGACAUGGCUUAAAAUCACGGAAGUAAAAUCGUGGCCGUCGUGAUGUGCGCCAAGUGAUUGCAAUGGCCACUGUUGCUCGCCUGAUGCACGCCUGUACCUGUAGGUCUCUAGGACUAACGCCGCUCACGCUAUCACGCCACCUAACGUAGAAGUGCGCAGACACCUGAUAAUGAUGAUAGCACCAACCAAUGCCGAAACCAAAACUGAAUUCGGGCCGAAAUUUUUUUGGGAUCCGCAUAUAGUACGGGGCUGAAAUUUCGCACCCUAAAUUUUAGAAAAAACCCCGGAUUAUACGCGGGUUUUUACGGUAUGCAGUAUGGGAAGCUAACAACUACAGUAUGUGUCAUGAGGCUUGCUCUCCAACCUGUCCAUCUCCUCGCCCGUAGCUGUGUGCGAAUCCUGCAGCUGUACAAUAUUUCUGCACCUCUGGAAAACACAAUUUUCAAUUCUUGCUCACUGUUCUAAUUUUUGCUUUUGUUGAGUUUGUGGGAUCUCGUGUCUUGUUUACGUUUCUCGAGGAAAGCUUUAACUUGGACUAGUCGGCACUACAUACUGAUGUAGUUGCGCUGAGUGAAAGGCUUAAAGGAAUAAGAACUAGGAGCACAUAUAUUUGUCACCCGUCAUGGUGGUCUAGUAGUUAUGGUGCUCAGCUGCUGAACCGAAGGUUGCGGGAUUAAAUCCUGGUCGCCGUGGCUACAUUGCCGAUAGAGGGAAAAUACUUGGAUUUAGGUGCGCUGUAAACAACCCCAGUGGUCAAAAUUUUUUAGAUCCAUCACUACAGCAUCCCUCGUAAUCAGGGGAUGUUGAGACGUUAAAGCACCUACAAUUUUUUGCACAUACUUGGCCUUUUCUCAUUGUCCUUAUUACUCUAUGCCUCCCACUCAGCACAACUACAUUAGGAUGUGUUAUCUUGAGCACCAGAGCGUAAUUUAUAAUGGCUGAUUUGUGAGGAUGGCUCUUAUAGGCACUUUCAUUUUGUUGCUAUUCUCGUUGCACAGAUGAUAAUAUUUAGAGCUUGCUUAACAAACGGUCCCUGGAAAGGUCGAAUGCUAGCAUGCACAGAAAAGUAGUGUGACCCUUAAAAGGAAGCCCAUAAGUGUUGCUACAUCGUCACCCAGGGCAGGAAAUGAGAUUUUGUCACCUCUUCUCGUGUUAGUAGCACCCAGUUUUCUGAAAUAGUGAUCCCAUGUUUUCCGCACUACGCAGGCCUUACCUAGAGAGCAUCUGUUACUUUUGUUUGUUAUUAAACAGGAUUGGCUUGUAACCUCAAAUUUAUAUUUUCAUUUUGGCAUACCAAUUGGGGCAUCUCUAUGACUGCGGUGUUUCCUUGAUGUCCAAAAAGUCACAAGUUCAAUCGAUGUCUAUGCCAGCAACAUAGUGAUGACCACACUUUUUAAAAAGAAAAAAAACUUUCAUGCUACAUGUUUUAGGCAAACAUUGAAAAACCCCACGAAUUGAAAGUUAUGCAUUACCCAAUCAUUAGGCAUCUCAACUUAGGCUCUAUGUUACUUUAGAUGCAUUUAUUAUAUCAAUUAAUCUCAACAAUGCCUAGCCAUCACACCUUGCUGCAUUUUGUAUAUUCGGUAUCUGCUGAUGCAAUUAUAAAAUUACUGUUUAGCAGUUAUGCACAUUACUUUAUCUGUUCAACUCUAUUCUUUCAUUGAGCCAUUAUCUAUACAGUACACCUGCUAAUUUUGUGGCUUCUGAAGAGUGUGGCACAUGGUUUGCAAAAAGGUAACCUAGAGAUUCUAUAUGGAACAGCAUGCCUCAAAAUCAUUUCAAUAUUCUGGCAUAUAAAUCCUUAGAGUUGGAAAUCCACCCUCAUCAUAUUAUUGUACAACUUUUAAGGCGAUCUCUGACAUCACUCUCUAUAAGUAGCACUACUUUUAUCCUUAUUGUCAACGAGAGCACCUCUCGGAGCGAGUGCUACAUUUUAAUACAUAGUGAUGAUAAAGUCUCGCAGAUACAUAAUGAUCGCAGGAAGCACUUCAACAGUGAAAUCCUGUAAUAUUGGCUAAACUGGUUUUGCUUGUUUUCUUUUCGUUUCGAUCUUUAAGUGUAACGUGGAUAACCACUUUGCUAUCAGUGGUUGCGUGCAAUUUAAAGAUGGUACUGCUUGAAGACUUUUCAAAAAAGGUAAAAGUUUCACGCAUUAUUCUCGCACCAAGUUUUUUGGGAGUAUAAGACUACAUUUUAUUUCAAGUUUGCUUAACGUCAAAAAACAGUCUGCCAGUUGGAGAUGCUGGUUUGUGGCUUAUGCUAUGGUUGCCAGUGGCCACUAUGUAUGAUAUAGCUGGAACAUUCUAAUUUGCUUUAAUAGAGGGUUCAGGUGGGGGGGGGGGGGGGGAGUGAGAUGAAUGCAGUGCCAACAAAAAUAUUUGUUAAGGAAGGCCUCUACUCUAGACAAGUUGAAUUUUCUCAAAAUUUAUUGUCAACCUCACCAACAUCAUGAUACACCACUGCAGAGGGUGAGUGUAACAAGUACAGGAAGACACUGCUUCAACAUGUGCUGCACAACAUGCAGAGUGUGUUGGCAUUACUAGAGUUGUGGCUUGGUGGCGUCAUAACCGAAAAAUCGUGUUUUUGAGCCUCUACUGUCUGCCGCAGUCACAUUGGCAACCUCCAUGAACACAAGGCGCAUGUGAAUCUACAUUCGUAAUGUGCGCUGUGUUGGCACUGCCUAAAGACAGCUCAUUCGAAAGGCAUAUGUGUUUCAUUGAAAGCGAUGGCAAGUCAUGUUCAAGUCAAAGAGUGUUUUGGAAUACAGCGGUUAGUGUCCUUUUCGUGCACCACUGCUUGACAAUGACCUACCAACUCAGCUAGCAGUCCUUGGUUGCACCAAAUGUAUGGGUGUGCUUUUGUAAAACAAUAAACAAGGCUACAUGGUUCACUCAUAGUAAGCAUUAGGGUUUGGCAGCCCAUAUUUGCUAUGAAUUUUUUAAGCACACAGGAUGUAACAUUAUUGCAGUAGCUAAUAUGAAUUUUUUCUUAAGUUUAAAAUUUUAAUAUUAAAAUUAGCCUUGGCAUUUCUUUAUAGACUUUAUGUAUACCUGUGCAGUGACCUAACUAAAGUUUUUGCGUAUGAGUAGCAGUGCACAAAUUUUAGUCAGUAGCUUACAAUAAGACACCUGCAGGUUGUAUCUCUUCAAAGUUGCAAAAUGGAAGGAAGUAGGCUAACCUUGGGUAGUCCAUAUUCAUUAAAGCCACUGCUGUAGUGUAGAGUUCACAGAGCUUCACUUGCGGUGUUUGACUGCUGGCCCAAAGGUAGCAGCAUCGAAUCCCAGCAGGGGCAGCCACAUUUCGAUGAAGGCGGAAACUCUGAAGGCCCAAGUGCCUAGAUUUAGGUUGACAUUCAAGAGGUCCAGGUCACCGAAAUUUCUGGAGUCCUUCACUACCGCAUCGUAAUUAUGUCAUAGUUUGGGGACGUAAAACCCCAACAACACACUGAGCGAGCUAUCAAUUUUACAAAGCGAGCCACUCGCUCGCUAGUUUCGUCCCUUCAGCGAAGCAUGCGCAGCGAACCAACGUGCGGGCGUUCUCCAGGCGAAGCCUCUGCUCAAUCCGCAGUAGCUUCAAUCGUGUUCAACGGGUGGUGCAGCAAUGAGUUCCGAUGUCUCCGCUAAGACGAUCGGAGCAUUCGCUCAGCUAUAUUCUUGCACUCCGCUCCUCCGCUGCGACCACUGGCCCGCUUGGUCGCUUGGCUAUUACUAUAAUAACUAAGCAGUGCAGUGAGCAAACAUAGAAAAUAGUCACUUUAAACACACAGUGGAUCAAAGUGAAGUCUCAUAAUGUAAUAAGUUAAUAACUGCUAAUUUAUGUCAGGGAAUUUUUCUAAACAUUUGAUCAGUGUUGACACAGACAUGAGCUAAAGAACAACAAACAGCUUUGCUAUUCAGAACUCUGUAAUGCAUCGCACAUUGUAGCACUGAUUGUACUCUUGUGUGACUGCUUGAAUCACUAUUUUGCAAGUUGCCUAAAAAUAAUUUUUUUUUUUAAUUUCUCAAUAGAUAGCACUGUGCUCCUUUGAACAAGUGCAUUUGUGUACUAACCAUGAGUGUUGCAGAUGCUGAAAAAUUACACUUGACAAAAAUGAAAUUAUUUUAUAAUUUUAUUGAUGCCUUCUGACUAUGGUGCAUUUCUUCUGCUGAAUUUAUCUUGAUUACUUCAUCUGGUCUGAUGUCUGGACUUUUAAAGUGUCUCACAUCUGUUCAGUGGUAUGAUAUAACUGAACUAUUCUGAAGCACUCUCAAGGGCUACAUGUUCACACCUCAACAUAUGUACAUCUUACUAUGGGUCAUUUAUUAUAAGCAUUGCACUUCUACUGCAUUGGGUGUUUUGUUUCUGUUGUUUUUAAGGAUGUUUUUUUAUUGAAUGCUCGUGCAGUUCCUACAUGAGACUACAGUCAUAGCAUCAAUAUUUGUGACUAGCUCUGACAAGCAAAAGGGUGUAGAGGUAUUGUGACUUUACUUCCCCUUUUGUUUAAUUCGGUUAUGUGAACACUGUACAGACUAGCACUUGGAAACUAGCAAUAACAAGUCUUAUAUGGGCAUGAAUGCAUUACAGUAGGUUAAAGCGAAUUCCUUGCAUUUAUAAAUAGAAAGAAAAUAGUAUUGCUGAGUGCUUGAAAACCAGGAAAAGAUUUUUUUUAUGUAUGUGUCUUGUCUUGUAUUGUUAUGCUAUAAAACCGGUUAGUGACAAUUUUAAUGCAGCCCAAAUGGUUGUAUUGUAGAUAUCUGUGUUCUUGGCUGUUUUCAGUCGAUGGUGAAAUAAUGUAUGAGGUUGUGUGAUUGAAUUGCUGAAUGUCUGUUGGGAAUGUCCAGAGUGGUGAAACAUAUUGGUGCUUCUUUGUACGUUGCUUGGUAGACUGGCCGUUCGUUGCACUAAAUCUUGAAUACUUUUUACACCUA